CCAAAAAAAUUAAAAAAAGAUAGGCUGCGCCCGUUUUCUCUGAAGGGAAGGGGCUUUCAAAUCCUCAGCCUUCCUUCUUUUCCUCAGGGCAUAGAAACCGGCCAGGAGGACGAGACACUCAGAAGAUUAGUUCGGAAUUUCAGUCCCUUCUGCUAUUUCGUGUUCAGGUGGUUUCUCUGUCUCUGUCUUGAUGUCCAUGACGGCUACUACUCUAGUAUCCUUGCGCGAAUUACCACCAGUGAGAAGAGGUGGCUACGCUGCAGAGACUAAUGUUACUAGAUUCAAUCUACCAAGAUUUGGCCUGCAAUGCUACCCUUAUGACAGCAAAAGAGAAUUACAGAAGACGAAUCAUUCAGGAGUACUGAAAUGUACACAUGUUCUUUAUAAUACAAGAUCUCCACAUGCACGAACUGCAACUGUAAUAUGUGCCGCAGCUUUGAAUGCAAGAUGUGGGGCGGAACAAACACAAACUGUCACUCGCCAGGCUCCUACAAUGACACAUAUUCCUGGUAAGGAGAAAUCACCUCAACUUGAUGAUGGUGGUACUGGAUUUCCACCCCGUGAUGAUGGCGAUGGUGGUGGUGGAGGAGGUGGGGGCGGAGGCAAUUGGUCCGGUGGCUUCUUCUUUUUUGGCUUUCUUGCCUUUCUAGGCUUCUUGAAGGACAGGGAAAGUGAAGGAUCUUACAGAGAUAACCGAAGAAGAAGGUGAAGACUAGCAACCUCCGGUUUCACAUAAAGCGCGUCCUUUUUUUUGUUGCUGCUUAAUUCUUUUACUCAUAUAUACCCACUAUAGAUGAUAGUGGUUAAUUAGUGUAUUGUUCUUAAGAAAUUGAUUAAUACCAGCAUAAUUUUGAAUCAAUCUACUCUCAAGCUUUCAAAUUGAACUGUGUUGGGGACUCAACCCUGGAAUGAAAUGAGUGCAUAUCAGGAUCCAGUAAGAAUAUCUGAUUAUAAUAAUGGGUAUAGAGUAAUGUGCUGAA